AUGUUCACCAAAGCAAUUGCUGCUAUCCUCGCCUUGCCCUUCGUGGCACAACUUGUUUCCGCAGACACCUGCACUCGUUAUUACACCGCUCAGGCUGGCGAUAUUUGUGACAGUAUCUCAGCAGCCAACGAUGUUUCCACCUACCAGCUUGCUGUCGUCAACGUCGGAAUCAUUGAUGAAGCAUGCGACAACCUUGUCGUUGGCCAGAGUUACUGCCUUGGAUGGCAGGGAGAGGACUGCACGACCACUUAUGUAGUCCAACAAAACGAUGACUGCGACAUUAUCUCCUCCGCCGCAGGCAUCAACACCACCAUCCUCUAUGAAAACAACCCGCAGAUCGACGAGUAUUGCAGCAACAUUUACAUUGGAGAGGUAUUGUGUACAGCGAACACUGUCCAAGUCCCUCCUGCUCCCGCAGGAACUACCCCCGCUACGUCUAUCCCUCCAACCGCUACUCCUGCCAACCCCGACGGCGACCUCCCUUGGUGUGACGAGUAA